CUGGCGGAAUAAUAAGAAACUCAGUGACGUGCAAAAGCCGAAAAGUUUACCAAAUUUAUCAAAAUUUGAUAAAAUACUUGAUUAUUCGAAAUAAAUCCCUCAAUUAGAUAAGAAUGUUGAAGGUAAAACUUUGCGCACUCGAUCAUCCGACGCCUGAAACUGUAAAUUGUGAAGAUCCUAAGCAGUUCCGGAGCACUCUGCUGUGGCUAGAGGAUCAGAAGAUCCGUCACUACAAGAUUGAAGACAGAGCGGAACUGAGAAAGAUCGACUCGGCAGAAUGGGAUGCGGCCUAUGCAAAGUACAAGGUGGACCUCAAAGUUCCCUCCGGACUCAAGAAUCACCUGGAAGAGCUGGCCUGGAUCAUGGGCUACGCCAUCCGUCUUGAGUACUUUGACAAUGUUGAUAAGUACAAGGCAGUGAAUGCGGAUCUCGUUCUGGAAGAAGCAAAACCCAAAGCACCGAGCAUCAAAUCCACGAACCCCUUCGACAAGUUGGAUUUUACCAGUAAAGAAUUCGAGGCCGGAGUGAGGACACUGGCCAAACGCCUGCAAAUCCCUUAUCAUCCGGACACAAUGGUCACACUGAAGGCUGUCGCGCGACUGGUUCAGAACCACCUAAGCAAUGAGGCUAUGAAGGAAUCAUUGCUGGACAAUGCUCCCUUCCCGCUGGAGACAACUCACGGAGUUGGCUUCUCAGAUGCUGAUCUGGAGCAAGCGGCUCGAAUUCUGCGUCUACUGCAGAUCCAAAGUGUCCGUCACCUUCAGACGGCAAUCAAUGAAACCAUCGUGGCCGUCCAGAAUCUCACUGCUGAUCCGCGCACGGACACAAAGCUGGGCAAAGUUGGCCGAUAAGGAUGAAAAACUCGACUCUCGUCUGA